GGCCCCACAGCCUUGUCCGAUCUGACCAUCUAGGACGCGUCUUACCACCGCCAAUCCACCUGGUAACAUGAGCUGUAUAAGAACCGCAAUGCAAACAUGGCUCGCUCCCUUUAGCUGCAGCACUUCCUUGCGCCAAUAACUUCUCUUGCUUCUCUUACCACUUUUGUUAUUCCCUCUUCAUGUCGUCCAAAUCCAAGGCUACGCCGCGUCAAGAGCUCUUUCUAACUACUACGAGUUUGCACAACGUUGUCAUCUCGAAUACCUCGGAUGUCAUCUAUUACGAGGUCCUGACGCCAAAGUGGGAACGACACCUCACGAAGAUUAGUCGACUGGAUCCGAAUACGAAACAGUUCGACCUCAUUUGCGAGCUGGUGAACGAGAACGACAAACCAGUAUCCAUGAAGAUGUAUGGAGGAGUCAUAGUUCCGACUCAGGAUUUCUUGCAGAAUGGUGAUGCAAGUAGUCGGGUAGCCAAAUUUAAAGGGAAGGACGGCAAAACGUACACCUGGCGAAUCGAUCACGAAGGUUUGGAGCUGUUCAGAGAAGAUCAGCCCGUAGCCUGGUAUCACCGAGAGAAGCGAUAUCUCGGUGUGCUUCGCAUGUCUAAACUCCCCUGCUUGGAAGUCGACAAUAUGGCAAUGGACACACUUGAUUCUCUCAUAGGUACGUCGCAUGCGUCAAACCUAUUCCAUCAUUGUGCCUGCUUCUCUCGUCGUCAACGCAAAGCGAAACUCUACUUUAACCUCGUUAUAUUUAUUCUUACAUGCCUUGCUUAUAUUCUCGUCUCUUACUUCUCACAGUGUCAUUUUUGCUCGUCGAACGCAGGAGGAGGGAUGGGAAGAUAUGAGAAGGUGUGGCACGGUGCAGCGGACUAUGGCGCUAUUUGCGUGGCAUUGUGAGAAUGGGAACAUUAGAUUGAAGCUUUGAGUAGAUGUGAGACCGUUGAAUCUACGCGCUUUCUCGCCAUGUCCAGCCUCACUCCGAGGACUUGAAGAUACCCACAAUCAUAUAGACUAGUCUUUUUAUCUUUUACACAGGUUCGGAUAUAGGUCGAUACCAUACUC